GUCGUCUCCAAUCGCGAAACGCGGACUUCUGGCAUCUAGGGUUUAUGGUUCUUCGAUCGUGACACUGGGUUGCAGGUUGAAGAUUUUGAGGUGUUUGCUGUUGUCUCGGAUUUUCGUUUGAGUUUUGGAUGAGUAGGUGUUCGCCAUAGCUUUGGUGGAAGGGUGACGAGUGAAGCCAAUUGUUCACAUAUUGGUUUGAAAGUUGAGUUAAAUCUUGGAAGAGUAUCAAUUGGUACUAGUAUUGUUACAUUGGAACAAAAGCUUGAGGAUCUCGUGUUUUUACGUGUUCCUGUUCGUUUGGGAAUGUCGGAUAAUCUGACCAGUUCAUGGCUGUUGGCAAUGCAUCAAUAUACUAUCAUUUAAAUUUGGAACAAUUCCACGUACUACGUUCUUCAAAUCGGCCUUCGUGCUGCAAGGGAAGAGGACUGUUAGUCAAGCAAGGGAUGGAGUGGGGUUUUUCGACGAGGGCUCAAUGCCGAGUUGCCACCAUUGCUCGGCACAUAUCACCAGCUCUAUGCUCAGCACCAAAUCCAUUUAUGCAGAUGGGCACUCAAGCGAUUGUCGAUGGAGGAAUACAAAUAAGAGCAGAUGUGAGAGAUGCUUUGGAGAGAGGUUUUCCUGUAGUUGCUUUAGAGUCAACUAUCAUAUCUCAUGGUAUGCCGUACCCACAAAAUUUUGAAACUGCCAAAGAGGUGGAAUCUAUCGUGCGAGACAGUGGUGCUGUGCCAGCCACCAUUGCGAUCCUCGACGGUGCCCCUUGCAUUGGUCUAGAGGAGGCUGAGUUGAAAAAACUUGCUCAACUUGGGAAGAAAGCUAUAAAGACAUCUCGCAGAGAUAUUGCCCAUGUUAUAGCGAAGCAAGCAACUGGAGCGACUACGGUGUCUGCCACCAUGUUUUUUGCCGCUAAAGUGGGCAUCAGUGUCUUUGUGACUGGUGGCAUUGGGGGCGUCCAUCGAGACGGUGAAAUAACCAUGGAUGUAUCUUCAGAUUUGACUGAACUUGGUCGAACAGCCGUUACUGUGGUCUGUGCUGGUGUCAAAUCUAUUCUUGAUAUUCCAAGAACGCUUGAAUUUUUGGAGACUCAAGGAGUGACAGUGAUUGGGUAUGGAACUGACGAAUUUCCAGCUUUCUUCACUCCAAGAAGUGGUUGCAAGGCUCCAACUCGGGUGAACACAGCUGAAGAAUGUGCUGCAAUAACUGUCGCCAACAUGAAUAUGGGUCUACAAAGCGGGAUCCUGGUGGGAGUGCCUAUUCCAGCGCAUUACGCAGCUGCAGCUGAACCUGUGGAGAUUGCUAUUCAGACCUCCUUGAAAGAAAUAAAGGAUAAAAACAUCACAGGAGCUGCAGUAACCCCUUUUGUACUGAACCGUGUGAACGAGCUCACCGGAGGUGCAUCAUUGUCUGCAAAUAUUGCGUUGAUAAAAAACAACGCCAGGGUAGGUUCAGAAAUUGCUAUUGCCACUGCAGCAUUGGUUGAGGGAUCUUAAAUAUUAUUAGGGCUCAUCAAUUUCGCUUUUAAUGCCUGUAUUACUUGGAAUAGUUGCAACUUUCUGGAAGAGUAACUGUGAGAUAGCCUCUGCAGAACAAGGUAAACUUAAAAUAGUCUUGUGUAAUUGGAGAUUAAUCAAUCUGUUGACUUUCAUAGAAUUAAAGUUUUAUAACUUCCUCAUGGGAACAUCUCUUUGCCAUCGAUAAUUCGUUUUGAAACCU